AGAUGGUAAAAGAAAGAGUGAAUGCAGGAGUCACAAAUGUCAAGGGAAUCAGGCACUGCAUUCGCCAAAGUCUUGCUAAAAAUAGAAAAAGAACAUCUUUCUCUUUAAGCCAAACCCCCAUUUCGUGAUUGCCGAGCGUCCAUCACCGGUAGUUUCAAUCUGCACAGCCAGUGAUCUCACUGAAAUCUAAAGCAAAAUAGUCAUUCUUUUCUUUCCUUUUUUUUUUUUUCCCCUUUUUUGAGGGUUUGUUUUUUAACUUGACCAAUUGACUCUGGCCCAAAAAACCCUAAUGAUGACGGACCAAGAGCCUCUUACUCUUAGUGUUGUUCAUGAGAAACCCGAGGCCUCUGCUUUCAUGGCAGGUGUUGAGGAUGUCACUGUGAAGGGGGACAAUACCCGUUUUAGAGCCGAUCGUGGCCGGUCAACCCGUGGCCUUGUUGCUGCUGUGACCAGUCUUGGUGUCAACAGGAAGAAAAGGAUGGCCAGACAGAGACGAUCUUCCUCCUACAAUCUUUUCUCCUUUGCUAAUUCUUCAUCUUCCUCCACCUCGCACUUGCCUCCCACCACUCUCCCUGCACGUGUGAUUGAUCCAAAGAGGCUGAGAUUUCUUUUCCAGAAGGAACUUAAGAACAGUGAUGUGAGCUCCCUCAGGAGAAUGGUACUCCCAAAGAAAGCAGCUGAGUCUUUCCUCCCCAUUCUCGAGUCCAAGGAAGGUAUUCUCAUCACCAUGGAUGACCUGGAUGGCCUCCAUGUGUGGAGCUUCAAAUACAGGUUUUGGCCUAAUAACAAUAGCCGAAUGUAUGUACUUGAAAAUACAGGAGACUUUGUAAACACGCACGGGUUACAGUUUGGAGACUUUAUCAUAGUUUACCAAGACAGUCAGAAUCAGAAUUAUGUCAUUCAGGCUAAAAAGGCUUCUGAUCAAGAUGUAAUAUAUACUAACAUCACUAGUACUGAUGUCAAUGACAUGUUUCUUCACGAGUACGAAGUAAACCAUUUGAGCUCCAUUUACGCAAAUUAUCCUAACAGCGAUGACACAACGAUGUCGUUUAUUUAUGACACCACGGCCUUCUCAAAUGACUCUCCAUUGGAUUUUUUGGGUGGAUCACUCACCAGCUAUUCAAGGAUUGGAGCUCUGCAGGAAAGCUUUGGAUCUGUUGAGAACUUAUCUCUUGAUGAAUUCUACUGAAACUAGUCUUCUUUUGGUUAAAGGAACAGGGCAGUGCCUUAUUUUGGCCCUAAGCAGUAACUCAAGUGUUUGUUGUUGCUUGUCAAAGUAGAAAUUGAAUAAAGAGCAAGUGGAAAACUUGUAAACUACACAUCCUGUGUUGUUUGUUCCUCUUAAAGAAACUAAUUAAGUUAAUAACACUGCUUUUAUAUAUUUGCGUG